GCCAGCGUUAGCUUCACCUUGUGCGUUUUUCCCCAUGCGUCACCAUCGACGAGUUAUUUUCGAAGACUUUGACACUUACUCACGGAUACCCGGCAACCCCCUCACACGAGGCGAUGUCGUUGAACAUCUGGAACCUCAAUGCGAUGGAAAUUGUCAGUAUAAAGGAGCCAUGAAUCCCAUGCUCCAAAAUAUCCUCCUCAUCAUCAUCACAAUCACAAUUACAAUAACAAAAGCAAGAGCAACAACAUCAACAUUUCUUCCGAUAUUUUCAAUAAAUUAACUCUAUCUAUUUUAGAACCACUUCUACUUCUCCACCCAUAACCAUGAGUGCCCAAGCAAACGGAAGCCAAUUCGACUUCAUCGUUGUCGGAGGUGGAACCGCUGGCAAUGCUAUUGCUGGUCGCCUCGCUGAAAACCCCAGCGUUCGCGUUGCCGUUGUCGAAGCUGGUAUCGCCAAUCCUGGCCAGAUCGAGGACAUUACCACCCCGUCCAAGGCCUUCGGACUCCGUGGCAGCCAGUAUGAUUGGGCAUACAAGACUACCAUGAUCAAACGUGACGACUAUGAGCGCAUCGAAAAGCCAAACACUCGUGGUAAAGCUCUUGGUGGAAGCUCUUGUGCCAACUAUUUUACCUGGAUCCCCGGAUCUAAGGCUACCUUUGAUGACUGGGCUGAGUUCGGUGGCAAUGAGUGGACCUGGGACAACUGUGUGGAGUACCUCCGCAAGUGUGCUACCUACCACGAUGACGAGAGACUCUACCCCACCGAUCUCAACAAGAUUGGCGCCAGUGGACCUGUCCAGAUCGCCCACGCUGAGCUUGUCCCUGAGCUCGAGACCUUCCGUAACGCUCUGACCUCGGCCUGGACCUCCAAGGGCGAGCCGCUUACCGAGGAUAUCUACUCUGGUGAGAUGCACGGUCUUACCCACUGUGUAGACACUAUCUACAAGGGUCAGCGUCAAGGUAGUUGGCUGUACCUCGAGAACAAGCCAAAUGUCACUAUCUUGUCUCAGGUCCACUCUAAGCGCCUUAUCAUUGACCGCACGACCCAAACCUGUACUGGCGUGACGGUGAUCGACCCAACCAAUGGAGCUGAAGUCAACCUCUAUGCCACUCGCGAAGUUAUUGUCUCUCAGGGUGUAUUUGAGACCCCCAAGCUUCUGCUGCUGAGCGGUAUUGGACCUGCCGCUGAGCUGAACAAGCACGGUAUUGAUGUUGUUGUUGACUCUCCCCAUGUCGGAAAGAAUCUCCUCGAUCACCCUAUUGUACCAUUCGUUAUGCGCCUCAAGGAUGGCGUUGGCCUGGAUGAUCACCUUCUGCGUGCUGGACCAGCCAACGAAGCUGCUGUUGCUGCCUACCGCCGUGACAAGACCGGCCCAGUGGGCUCCGGUCUCCUGGAGCUGGUUGGCUUCCCUCGUAUUGAUGAGCGCUUGAACAGAUACGCUGCCUACCGCGAAGCUAAGGCUGCCAAUGGUGGUCUCGAUCCCUUCGGUCCUGGUGGCCAGCCCCAUUUCGAACUCGACUUCGUUGGAAUGUUCAGCUCCGCAUUCCAGUGGCAUUACCCUGUGCCCCCAUCCGGUAGCCACAUGACAGUCAUUGUCGACUUGCUUCGCCCGGUAUCUGAAGGUGGUGAAGUCACCCUGAACAGUGCGGAUCCUCUUAUGCAGCCUAACAUCAACCUCAACUUCUUUGGCAGCGAUCUCGAUGUCUUGGCUAUGCGCGAAGGUGUCAGGUGGACCUACGAUGUCCUCUUAAACGGCCAGGGCUUCAAGGAUCUUGUUGUCCAGGAGUAUCCUUGGGAUAUGCCGAUUGAUUCUGACGAGGCCAUGAACAAGGCCGUCUUGGAGCGCAGCCAGACUGGAUUCCAUCCCUGCGGUACCGCUCGUUUGUCCAAGGCCAUCCACCAGGGUGUCGUCGAUGACAAGCUGCGGGUUCAUGGCAUCAAGAACCUCCGCAUUGCUGAUGCCUCGAUCAUGCCCGUUAUCCCUGACUGCCGUAUCCAGAAUUCGGUCUACAUGAUCGGUGAAAAGGGUGCCGAUAUCAUCAAGGCACAGUACAAGGAACUGUACGAGCAGAAGAACAUUCCUUACUUCGUUCCCAGCAAGCUGUGAGACUUGAACGCUAGGAAGGGCUUUGAUGCCUCAAACAUCACUAUAGACAGAAUGACGGUGUUUCUCUUGUAUUUAUUGCAUCUUAGAUUUCAGCUUGCUUAUGUCCU